AUGUUGCCAAGAGCAUAUAUACGAUCAUUUCGUUCAGCAACCAAACUUUGCCAAUUAUCGAAUGUCAAACUUACUUUAUUCAGUAAGCCCAAUUGUGGUUUAUGUGAUAAUGCCAAAUCUGCAAUUAAUAUAACUUUAGAGAAACCUCUAUACAAGGAAAAUGAUUUGAAAAAAAAUUAUAAAAUUGUCGAUAUUAGUAUGGAAGAAAAUAAAAAGUGGUGGGAUUCUUAUUGUUAUGAUAUCCCUGUAUUACAUAUUGAAGAUAAAAAUUCUAAAGAAAGUCUUGUUAAAAUAUUCCAUCAUAUAACAGAAGCAAAAUUAAUAAAUAAUUUAAAAAAAUUUGAAUGA